GUCUUCGACGCCAACAUUUUGACAUUUGAGAACCGAUACUAUCAGCUUUUUGCAAAACAAAAAUUAUGGCGGCAUUUGCGGAUUACAGUAAUAUUUAUCAACUACUUAGUAACUAUAACCUUCACAAUUCCAUUAUUCUUGAACAUUCCCGACCAAUCAUUCGGUCUUGAAACUGUGUAUAAACUUAUACCAAAUCUAUCAGAUGAAAUAAAGUCUCGCCAGUUAUACGUUUUGGCCACAGAUUGCUAUUUAUUUUUGGCCGUAUUUUUAUUUAUGACAAUUUUUCAACUUUUUGAAUAUAUUCCAUUAGUCAUUAUAACCCAUUGGAACAUAGCAAGGUCUGUAAGAGAAUCAAGGAUAUCUAGGUACACCAUGAAGCUUCAGGAAAAAUUUUUGCAUGCGAUCUAUGCACAGAGUUGUGCAUUUUUCCUGUCUUGCUUCAUUCCCUACGUCUACGUUUUAAUAGCCUGUUUUUUGGAUUAUUACAACCAAGCGGCAAACAAUUUUAUCUUUAUUUUUCUUUCUUUACAUGGUGUAAUAUGCAAACUUAUACUUCUCUGGGUACAUAUACCGUAUAGAAAUGUCUGCAUUAAUAUACUACACUCAAUUUGGCCAUCAGUUACUUGGUUCCCUAAAUUGGUUCCUGAAAAUAAAAUACGCACAGCUAUUUCGGUUAUGAUGUGA